UGGCGGAGGCUGGUCAAUCAUGGCUGUAGCGGUGUAGCCCCCUUCUUUUUCCUAUAAAACCUUACUAUGUUAACAAAUGAUCCCUUAGCAAAAUGAAAUUUAUAAUUUAGUCCACCUGGUCAAUUGGGUUAGUCCACCAAGUCAAAGAAAUUUAGUCCACCCCUUAAACCCUCACUUUCCAAAAUUCAAUCGGUGGUUAGUUUACAGAGUGAGAAUAGAGAGAAAAGGAGAGCCGAGAAAAUCAUUUUAACUGUUUAAGGGGGUGGUGAAUGCAGUGUUAAUCACGAUUUCUUUAGUGGCUUGCUCAAGUCUGGGAGCUAUUGCAAUGGUUCAGACUUCUCUAGGCAGUGAAGCGGGAUUUUUAAUGAGAGUCUAGAACUGUGUAACUGAUGCGGCAGUGCUUUGGAGACAGUUCGUGUUUUGCAAUCUGUUGUAAUCACAUCCUAACUGUUGACACCUGCAUCACAGUUUCUGUUCCUGCCGUGCAUUGCAGUUUACUUGCAAUGGUGUUUUCCUAUUUUUUCCUGCCUCUGCAGCGUGUUUAGACUGUUGCAGGCUUGGUGCAUCCAUUGCAAACUGCUGCAGUCGCUGUUUAUGGGUUUGCAGUCAAAGAAGGGGUGUGGCAUUUUGAGAAGGUCCAUUUCUUCGUCGGCUCCCCACCGUGGCAGGGGUAGUCUAGUUAGAGUUUUGAAAAGAAGAGUUUCUCAGCUUCCACAAUGGCAUGUGUUGCAUACAAUAAUCCCUCAACAGCGUUUUUGAGUUUUCAUGAGAAUCGAUUUACAAAACCUUUUUCCUUAAAUCGUCCUUCAUUUUCAGUAUUCGUUAGUAAACCUAAAAGAUGCAACCCUAUUCAUUCUUCUGCCAUAAUCAGAGAAUCUUAUCUGUUUCCGAAUUCGAGUCCAAGGCGUUCAUCUUUUUCUGGUGAAUUCAAGAGAUGUUCAGAACAUUCAGAGAAAUCUGGUUGUAUCAGUGCAAUUACCUUCGAUUAUUACGAUAAAGCUCCAGAAGAGAGGUUGGUGGUGUUAGUUAUUGGAGGUGGAGGAAGGGAACACGCAAUUUGUUAUGCCUUGCAGCGGUCUCCAUCUGUUGAUGGAGUAUUUUGUCUUCCUGGCAAUGAUGGAAUUGCUAACUCAGGGUGUGCCACCUGUGUACACGGCCUUGACAUUUCUGACAGCUCAAAGGUGAUAUCGUUUUGUCAAGAGUGGGGAGUUAAAUUGGUUGUGGUAGGACCAGAGGCUCCCUUGGUUGCAGGUCUUUCAGAUAUUCUUAAUAAGGCUGGGAUACCUACUUUUGGUCCGUCAGCAGAGGCUGCUGCUUUGGAGGGAUCUAAGGAUUUCAUGAAGAGGUUGUGUUACAAGUAUGGAAUUCCCACUGCUAAGUAUCAAACAUUUACAGAUCCAUCCGCAGCAAAGCAAUACAUUCAAGAGCAAGGAGUACCCAUCGUCAUUAAAACUGAUGGCCUUGCCGCUGGCAAAGGAGUUGUUGUUGCCAUGACCUUGGACGAGGCAUAUGAAGCUGUUGACUCAAUGCUCGUAAAAGGUGUGUUUGGAUCUGCAGGCUGUCGUGUGAUUAUUGAGGAAUUCUUGGAGGGAGAAGAAGCUUCAUUUUUUGCACUCGUCGAUGGUGAGACAGCCAUACCUCUUGAAUCUGCUCAGGAUCAUAAACGGGUUGGGGAUGGUGACACAGGACCUAAUACAGGGGGAAUGGGUGCAUACUCACCGGCUCCUAUAGUAACAGAAGACAUUAAGUCUUUUAUAAUGGAAUCUAUAAUUCUGCCUACGGUGAAAGGAAUGUCUGAAGAAGGAUGUAAAUUUGUUGGAGUUUUAUUUGCUGGUCUCAUGAUUGAAAAGAGAACUGGUUUACCAAAACUUAUAGAGUACAAUGUGCGGUUUGGAGACCCUGAAUGCCAGGCUUUGAUGGUUAGGUUGGAAUCAGAUUUAGCACAAGCUCUACUUGCAGCUUGCCGAGGAGAGUUGAAUAAUGUGUCAUUGAAGUGGUCCUCUGACUCAGCCAUGGUGGUGGUGAUGGCAAGUAAAGGCUACCCUGGAAAAUACAUGAAAGAUACUGUGAUCCGAAAUCUCAAAGACGUAGAAGAAAUGCUACAAGAUGAAGAAAGAGAACACAAACAAAAACAAGUUUCUUCUUUGGUUAAAGUUUUUCAUGCAGGAACAUCAACCAACGACGAUGGCAAUUACAUUGCUGUUGGAGGUCGUGUUCUUGGGGUUACAGCAACAGGAAAAGAUUUGAAAGAGGCACGGGAUAAAGCUUAUGAAACUGUUGAAAAAAUUAACUGGCCAGAAGGAUUUUUUAGACGAGAUAUUGGUUGGAGAGCACUUCCUAAGAAAUCAUUUUGGCGAAAUUUGUGGUGAAUUAGUGUGUUGUCUCAAAAGCUUAAAAAGAUUAUAAACUAUCAUUUUGGUCAAAAUUAGCUUAUACUGUCAACUCAAGGAAAUGUCAUGUAUUACAGUAUUAGGCUAGCAUUAUAUUAAAUUAGCAGAGAUUACUCUUUAUACAAACUUUCAAGGUUGCAUCAGCCAUUAUGUCUUUCUGAAUGGAAUUUCUGAAGAAUCACAAAAACUGACAUUAUAAUUUUCGUUCCUCCUA